AUGUCGUCCCACGGUCCUAAGAUCCCCCCAUCCGAGGAUGAGCAACUAUUCAACCAGCUCUUGGCCAAGGUACACACUGAAGAAGAAUUAAAGAAGCAUCAUUUCACUAUGGUUUUGACCUACGCUCUUGAUCCCUGGGCUCGCCUCACCGGGGGAGUGAUCGGACGUAACGAAUUCGCUCAAAAUCUAGAGCACACCGAAGACGCAGCAAAACGACAGGGCAUCGUCCUCGAUUGUGAAAUGGUCACUGUUGAAGGUAACCGGAAAGAGCUGGCGUUUCUGGCAGUUGUGGACAUGUUCACUGGAGAGACCCUCAUCAACCACUUCGUCCAUCUCACCAACAUAGUUAGAAACUGGCGAACCAAAUACAGCGGCAUAAUCUGCGCCGCCAUGAAGGCCGCCGUGAAGGAUAACAUCGCCAUUCGAGGGUGGGAAGCAGCGCGCACCAUGAUCUUUGACCAUACGGACGGAAAUACUAUUAUUGUCGGCCACGCCCUGAACAACGAUCUGAACUCUCUGGGCAUCAUACACAGCACGAUCAUCGACACAUCCAUUCUCACUGCUGAUGCAGUGUACAGGCCGCUUGGAAGGCCCUUUCGACGGACUUGGAGCUUGAAGACUUUGGCGAACGAGUUAAUUGGUCAAAAGAUCCAGGGAGGAAAACGUGGCCACAGUGCGCUGGAAGAUACCAUGGCCACUAGGGAUGUGCUACUUCAUUGUACCAGAAACCCUCUAGAUUUGGAGGCUUGGGCCGAGAAAGUCCGAAGCGAGGAAGCAGUCAAUCCCGAGACACGACAGUUCGCCGAGGCCAGGUCAAAGGAGCUACAGCAAAAACAGAGAUCGUCGCUUCGGCCAUCCUCUCAAAGGUCCAGCUACACAGAGAUCGAGGGCGCAUUUUGCGAGCAGAUAAAACCUUAUCUUUGUGCCUUCGUUAGGGUUGAAGCAACAGAUGGACCACCAAGCAAUCUACUGUCUCCCAUCGGUAACGCAGAGAUUGGCAAGGACGUGGCUGCUUAUUUGGAGCAGCAAGGUGUUGAGGGGCAUCUAUGGGCAUUUCCAACUGGUUCAACUGAGGCUCGCAUUGGAUUUGUCCUAGACUUCGAUAUUCCCUCUCUCGAAUGUGAUGAAGAGAGUACUUCCCAAACACACUUUCCUUCGGCCUUGAGAUCUGUUGGUUUCCACAAGGAAAACUGCCUUACUUGGCCAUUCAAUUUCCAGGCUCCGUUUGUCCCCAGAAAACUCAAGCUGGCCGGACCUGGCCACACACGUCUGAGGGACAUCAAUCGUCAGAUCAUCGAUAAUUCUAACCUGCAGGUGAUCAUCUUAUGCGGGGUCAAUGCCUUGAGGAUGUCUGUUCUACCUUCGCCUUCGUUUGAGAAAAGAACACUCACUUUUGGACAAGCCUCGUUGGAGGCAUUCCUACAGAUCGAACAGUCUGUGGUCACCCGAGUUUAUUUGAACCCUUUGGCACCUUUAUCGGCACUUUACUCAGAUGACUGGAGGAGUGGUACAAUGGUUUCCCUCGCAAUAAAAGUCGCAGCUUGCCUCACGCAAACGCGAGGGAUCCAACCGUUCUAUUUCAGGUCACGGGUAGCAUUAUCCGAGUUGGUGCGCAUAAGGUUGCGCGAGGAAGACGGCGAACCCAAGUUGACUUCUGACUCAAUCACUGACAGUAUCUGGUCCUGGCUGUACAUGCGAGGCUUCAAACCCUCUGAUAUACCCCGCCUAGAGACUAUUGGUGGGUCCGUCAGUAGGGGGGGCAUCUUACUUGCCAUGAUAACUAGCCCUAGUCGCCCCAAGGAACCAAAUCAAACGCCUGAACCAAGAAUAAUUCCGCGGGACAAUCCUUCUCUUUUCUCUCGCAAAUUCACCGAGUUUCAACUCCAAGAGAUGAGGAAACUCCACACUCAAAAGCAGGCCGAGUGGGACUUGGAGCACGCGAACUCUACCAAGAAGCUUUCCGAGGGGGAAGACGGUGACUUGCUGCGAGAGGAUGAGGUCUCCGAAGGCCAGGAAGGUGUCAACCUAAAUGAACACGUCCUUGGGUUGAUUACGGACUCUACGCCGCCGCGUACAAAGACGGCCAAAGACAGCCGCAAAGCAGAGCCCCCAACGACGACUAAAGACAGCCGUAAAGCAGGGUCCCCCAUGGCCGCUUUCCAACCAGCAAAGAAAAGAACCAACGACACAGUUCCUCCCGACAGAAGGGGAAAGGAUCGAAAUUGUUGUUGGUGUAAAAAGCCCACUUAUGGAAAGAACACAUAUCCAUGCUGGUGUGAAGCUUUGCAGGGGUCACUUUGUCAGCAGUGCUCGAUAAUUCUCAGCCAUAAUGACUAUCUACCGAUUUUCAAACAUCACAUCUUGCACUUGGAUGUCUUCUGCGGCUUCUGCGGUUCUCUAUUUGGUCCUGGUUGGAAAUGGGAACCUGGCUCUGGCUUACCAGCUUGCAGUGCUGAAUGCCAUGCUGGUCUCAAGCAAAAAUCCAAAAGACCCGAGGCCGGACAGCAGACACAGCAAGGCUUCAGAUACCAGGAUACAAUUUCCGAAAAACUACCAAUGACGGCGAAGCUCAGGCAAUAUUUCAAGAACAAAUUUGGCAUUGACACCAGCAGAGAAGGCCUCAAGGCUACGACGAAGAAAAAUUCGCUGGUGGCCGAGUUAUAG